GCCACCGCUAGAAAGGUGUGCAAGCUUCUGCAGCCGUGAAAAGACGAACUUCGCCUUCAUCAGUCUGGAGAGAAGCGCCCCAACUUUGAGAUCAAUUGCUUGGUCCAUUUUGAAUUCUCAGAGUUGCUAUCAAUAGUUAGUAAAUCAAUAAUGGGAAACAGUCCAUCUGAAUAUAAUGGAUGUAAGUGCUGCAUCUGUGGUACUUCACUUCCUCCUUGCACUUCAUUUGACAAUCUAAAACAGGAAUGGAGAGAUGGAUAUUAUGUCUAUGUUUACAAUGGAGGACAAUAUUACAGAGAAGUUGCGGCACACAAUCAAUACAAGUGUCCUGAAUGCUUCUACCGACCAAUAAGAGAAAGAAGGGCAUUGGAGGAAGCAGAAAAAAGGCAAAGUGAGGAUGAAGAGAGGCGGAGAAUGGAGGAAGAGAAGAGACAGAGAAGGGAAGAAGAAGAAAGAAGAAGAAGAGAGGAAGAGAAAAGACAAAGGAGAGUUGAGGAAGAACAAAGGAAAAGACAGGAAGAGGAAGAGAGGAAGAGAAGAGAGGCAGCAGAAAGACAAACAAGAGAGGAAGAGGAGAGGCAAAGAAUGGAAGAAGAGGAAAGAAUACAACUGACUAAAGAAGAGAGAAACAGAAGAGAAGAGGAAGACCAGAAGAGAAGAGAGGAGGAAAAAAGACAAAAGACAGAAACUGAAGAAAGGGAAAAGCAGGAGUUGAAAGAGAGGCUGAAUCAAACCAUUAAGGAUAUUAAGGCCAGAUCUGACAUAGAAGAAAACAUAAUGCAUGAGAAAAUGGAGCACAAAACCACUACAGAUGUUAUAGUGAGCCAGUUUGAUGAAUUUGAAAAAAUAAAGAUUGACCUUGAAGACGGAGACAGUGAAGAUCAGAAUUUUAUUGAUAUCUUAUGUAUCAAGAGUGGAGUACAGCUUUCUAACAUGACACUGGCCAUGUGUACUCCACAACAGUUUGAGAGCCUUUAUAAAUCCCUGGAUACAUUGCUUUUCCAUGAAUGGCCUUUAAAACUCCCAAGCAGGCUUACUCUUGUCCAAACUCAGGUGCUGAUAACAGAAUUUAUACUCACAUAUCUCAAGAUGGAAGACAGCAGUUUACAGGAGUGCAUAGCCAACCAAGCUCAGUAUCUUGUGGAGACCAUUAACAAUGCUGGUGAAAAUCUAACUGACAUCUUUUGUUUCACACAAGCUUUGCUUAGAGCAUAUAAAAGAAUGCUGGAAAGAGUUGAUUGCCAUGUUGUAAAGAUUACUACGCUGAUGACCAAGAUGGAGAAUCUUCAGGCAGAGGAAGUCUUUCUCUUGAAAUUUCUAGAAGUUCUCCAAAAUUGCCUGAGAGAAGUCAUUGAGCCAGAAUAUGGACAAGAGAUCACAAAUAUAGAGAAAAAGUGCUAUGAGGUCUUACUAACAGUCGCAACACCAAAUUAUAAUGAAGAAGCAUAUUCGGACCUGAUCUGUAGACUUCUGAGGGUUGUCCAGUCUGGCCUAUGGAAGCCAAAUGAAGCUAUGGAUUUUGUGUAUAAAUUAGCAAAGAGCUGUAAUGAUCCUGCCCUUCUAACAAAGGUGCUCCAUCUGAUUGAAAUCUACCGUGUCCCUCUAACCUGGCAGGAUGAAGAUGGUAAAAAGAUCAGUGACCACCUUGGAACAGAUAUUCUGUAUCAAAAACUUGAGAAGGACUUGAAAAGAGAACCACAAAAACCACUUGAUAUUGUUCUGGAGGAAAUUAAACAGACAGGAAGCAUCGACAUUCAAACUCUUGACAAGGUACACUGCAUUGUUGCAGGUGUUCAAAAAAAGAUUGCUGCCCUUCCAAUCAGUGAACGUGAAUUGCUUGAAAUUGAUAUACCAAGAAGCUCCCUGAGUGCAAGUAAAAAUGUGGAUGAACUUCAAAGGAUUUUAUUCAUUCUCUGCAAAGGAGUUUAUAAAAUGAAUAAAUACUUUCCAAGGGUGACUCAGAUGGUCACUUGGUGUCUGUUGGCCCUGUCAGAAUACAGUAAGUUACUUGAGGUUGGAACUGGAGAAGGGAAAUCAUGCAUCAUAGCCAUGUUUGCGGCCAUGCGAGUGUUGAUGGGACAGCAAGUAGAUGUUGUUUCCAGUUCCUCUGUUCUCUGUGAGCGAGAUGCAGAGAACUGGAGCAACUUCUAUGCAUUCUUCAACAUUACAGUAGAUACAAAUACUAACAAAACCAAAGACGAAGAGAGAGCCAUCUGUUACAAAGCUGACAUUGUCUAUGGGACAGUAGAGACCUUCGCAGCUGACUUUCUACGCCAGACUUUUGAAUUAAAACAGGUUCGAGGUAAUCGCCAGUUUCAAUGUAUCAUUGUGGAUGAAGUGGAUUCGUUGCUGCUGGAUCGAGGAGUGCAGCUCACUUACCUAUCAAGUGAUAUGAUAAGCCUUCAGCACCUCAACACAAUCCUAGCAAUGAUCUGGAGUGUGGUAAAUCAGCAUGGUUUGGUUGCUACAGAGAGCAAAGUAUUUAUUCGAGGCCCCCCUGUACCCUUUUACAAAGGCAUUUUUGAUUGUCUAAGUGGAGAUGACCUGGGCUUAGAAGAACCAAUUGAUAUUUUGGAAAUUGCCGAAGAGAAUGGCCUUGUUCCAUCUGGAUUUUCAGAGGAGGUUAGUACCAAUGACAAAGACAAAUUGAACAAAAACCUCAAAACCAUAAGCCAGAACACUAUGUUGGAAUUUUUUCAUGUCCUUGAAGAUUAUGUUCCAUAUCACUUUUCAACAUACAUUCAAGAUGCAGAUGGUGUACUUCAAUUGACUACUGAUGACAGUACUCCUGGACUUCCUUUCCUGGUUCUGGAAAAUGGACUCUGCUGUUUGCUUUCAGAUUCUGACAAGCAGCUCUGGGAACCAGUUCACAGUUAUGUAUCUGAACAUCUUCAGUUCACACCCUGUACAAACAACCCUGAGAAACAUAGCAUUCCAGGCUUUCUUCGUGACCUUGUAGAAACAAAAAUGCAGACUUGGGUGGAAAAUGCAUUUUUAGCAAUUAAGCUGCAGCCAGACAGGGAAUAUGUUGUCAAAGGUGACUGCAUCCUGCCAGUGGACUUCAAAUCUACUGGGAUUAUUGAACUCAACAAGAAAUGGGGAGAUGGCCUUCAGCAGUUUCUAGAAAUGAAGCAUCAGACAAAGAUCAGUACUAUGUCCACAAUCACUAAUUUUAUCUCCAAUGUCUCCUUUUUCAAGAAAUAUCAAUAUCAGAUCUAUGGCACAACAGGGACUCUGGGUACCGAAGCAGAUAUUGAGUUUCUUUCCAAACUCUACCCAAAUCUUACUGCUUGCCACAUCCCUACAUUUAACAGAAGAAAGUUAUUUGAAGUUCAAGGACAAAUGACAAAUACUUCUGAGGACUGGAAAGAGAAAAUCUGUUCUACAGUUCAGAACCAGAUCUCUCCCAGUUCAAAUGGAAAAGGAAGAGCUGCACUAGUGAUCUGUGAGAGCAUCAGCCGAGCCAUCGAAAUUGAAAAGGCACUUAAACCCUAUGUGCAUGGGCAACUGAAGCUCUAUAUACGCAGUGACAAUGACAAUGCAAAAAUUUUAGAUGCAGAGUUGGCAUCGGGGGAUGUAAUUGUUGCCACUAACUUGGCCGGCAGAGGAACAGACAUCAAAGUGUCAGGGGAUGUCAAUAACAGUGGAGGACUUUUUGUGAUUGUUACUUUCCUUUCCCAGAAUGCAAGAGUGGAACUUCAGGCUUUUGGUCGCACAGCUCGAAAGGGAAAGCCUGGCUCAGCACAACUGAUUCUGUGCACUAAGCAUUUGCCAGAACACCUCCGUAAAGCCAACACUGUUGGUGCAGUUAAAAGGAUCAGAGAUCAGGUAGCAAGGGCACGGGUUUUACAUUACUUGAAUGACGAUAUUCCUGAAAUUAUCUUACGGGAGGAGUUAUUUUCUCGCUACUGUGAAAUCCUAUUGUCUGUCUACAAUGAGAUUGAGGAUGUGGAUGAUGAGAAAGCAACUGUAGCUGUUCUAAAUGAAUACUGGGGAAUAUGGCUGCAGCUAAAGUCCAAGCCAAUACUGGAACUGAAGAGAGAUGAGCUGUUGGCUGCUUUAGCUACCGAUAUCACCAAAGCCAAGCAGCAGUCCAAAUCUGAUGAGUCUCCAUGUUCUAGCAUCUAUCAAUAUAUCCGAUUUGGAAACAAAGAACUCUAUGAUGAGAAAUUUGAAGUUAGUGCCAGGUUGUUUGAAAAAAGCAUGGCUCUUGAUCCGUCUUGGGCAGCCAUUGCCUUCUACAGCCAUGCCUACUGUACAAUAAAGCUGUCUAAAGACAACUACUUAAACCAAGCACUGAAAGAUUUGGAAAAAGCAAAAGAGUCUCUGGCCUAUUUCAAAGAACAAUGUGUGGUAACCUUGCAGUUGGUUAAGCUAGCUUACAAGUCCAAAGAGAGUAAAGAAACCACCAGAUUCCAGAAUCACAUUAUGACAAGAUGCCAAGUGCUAGAUUUCUUUAAUAAAAAUAUUGAAGAAGCUAUGCAGAAAAUGAAAGAGAUCAAAGAUAGGGGAAGAGAUGCUGAUGUUCAAGAAACGUCUGUUUUUGCACUAGUCCCAGAUGCACAGUCUGAAGUUCACCAAGAACUGUAUGAGUUUUACAAACUGGGCCUGGUCAACAUCUAUACUAUAAAAGAGAGACCCCAUUUCUGUUGGGAAGGUCUGGUUAUCUUCCUUCUGGGAGUCCUACAGCUUGUUGGAGGAAUCAUUCUUACGGCUGUCUCUUGUGGCACACUAGUCAAUAUUGGUAUGGCAUUGAUUGUUGAAGGAAUAUCAGACUGCAUCAGUGGCGCUGAAGCCAUGAUAACUGGAGAAUUCAGCUGGGCAUCAUGGGCCAUUGAGAAAGCAAUUUCUGUCAGCCUCUCGUUGGUCAGCUUUGGAAUUGGCAAGGUUAUUGCCAUUGGUGCAAAAUCAACAAUGACAGCAUUCAAAGCCAUUGGUAAGAAUUUGAAACUUUUGCCCAAAGUACUCAGCAAACAGAUGAAAACUGGACUUCAGCAGGCUCUAAAAGAUAACCUAAAGAAUGUUCUUAAAUAUGCUGGCAAAGAGAUUGCAGUUGAGCUCCUAGGUAAAGCAGAAGAUAAAGCACUGGAAGCCAUUGUAGAAGAGAUCAAAAAGGCAGCCAAGAAAAAAGGAACUGAAAAGGUGCAGCAGAAUAUGAAACAAGAGCCAUUAAAGCCUCUAGUAGACACUGUGGUGCUGUCUCAUCUGAAAGAUGGUAUGCAAGUGAAUGUGCUUUUAUCAGAUACCAUUAUUAAGGAGAAAAUGAAAAAGAUUUUUAAGGAUGCAGCAGACUCUCUGCUGAAAACGAAUAAAGAGGGUCUGGAUUGGCAGGAAAAAAUGCAUUCUUCACUGUUGAAGGUCCUAGAUAAUGCCUCUGAGGAGGCCAAAGGAAAGCUUAAAAUUGCCCUGGGUAUCAUCCAAGCAACCUAUAUGAGUGCCCUGGCUGCAGAUGCUGCAGCUUCAGUUACCAUUAUGUGCCAAAGCUUUAAUAGUAAAUAUUGUGAUGAUCUUGAGAAGAUGGUUAAACAAAAAGAUAUGACAGCAAAAGCGGACAAUGUGGUGCUGACCACUAGUGAGUGUGAACGUUUAGAUGCUUUUAAACAAGAGUUGGCAGUUGUAGUUGCAGGGUCAUUAGUGGAAGUGCUUACUGUGGUUUUCCAGCAAAAGCUCUCUAACCACCUUGUGAAAUUUGCUCAAAAUAAAGUCAAUGGUAAAAUUAAUUUAUUAAUUGAAAGUAAGUUGAAAGUGGAUGCUGAUACUUUCAUAAAGCCUAAAGAGGUGGCCACUGGUAAUCCUGUAGAUUACAAGAAAGAUCUCACUCCCAUUGCAGUAAAUAUGCAGAAGGCAGUAAAAGCCUAUGCUGCUGAUAUCCAAAAUAUCAAGAAAGUGGAAACUAUAAUUGACUUCCGUGUAUUAGCUGAAGUGACAGGAAAGAGGAUUGUUAUUUUGGCUGCAGAUAAUAAGGGUAGCAUGAGGAAGAUUCAUGAUUUGAACCCCAAUUUGAAAAUCAUCACUGGCACCAUAAGAGUAGUCUACCAACCUAAAAAUAUGCAGUAUCCCAAUGGUCGCUAUGAUGUUUACAUUAAAGGCAAGAUUUUGCCAGUACAUGGUAAAGGAAAGAUUUAUACAGCAGUGGCCCGGGGGCUUGAAUCUAAGGCUUCAUAUGCCAAAGUAACUAAAAAGGCCAGAGAGUUAAGAGCACUGAGCUCCAAAACUCUACAGGAAAACACUUCUGAGUGGGCUUUAGUCAUUCAGCGUAAGACAUGGAUAGAUGAAUUCCGAGGGGUAAGCAUUAAACCUUAAAGCUGAAAUAUAUUUGUGUGACUUGAAUGCACUUGAGAAGCAUUUAGUCAUAAUUUUUUAAUUGAUACUUAAGCAGCUUAAACUUAUAAUCACCUAUAGUCCAGAAUCAAGAGUGCUAUGAAAUUCAAUAAAGAAAUGAUACUAUAGUUUAACUAGUCAUGCACCAGUUUUGAUUUUUGUGGCCAAUUAUGAUCUUUGGUUUCUUGCAAAUUUGCUUGCUGGUUUCAUGGCACUAUAUUGGUUGUGUUUUUCUUUUACAAUCUACUUAAUAAAAAGAUUUUAACAUUUUAUUUUAUACUACUAAUACAUGUAAUAAAUAUGGUUAGCGUUGAGCAAGUCUAUUUGAAAUCAAGGUUUUUAUUUACAUCUAUAGUUAAUUCAUGCAUUUUGAUUUGUCAGUAAUCUUGUUGUCUACUUUGCAAAAGCUAUUUGGUUUAUAUUCUUAUUGGUAUUUGAUGGUAUGAAGCUAACAAAUAAAACUUAAAACACAA